AUGUUCGACAACAUAUUCGGUGGCAUUGGCAAAGGUUGUGCCAGCCACCCCUGGGAAGUGAUCGUAGGAGUGUUGACCGUCACGGCGUGCAUGCUGACGAUUGACAAGACAGCCGAUCCAUCACUGUCGGCCGGACCGAACAGCCUACCACACAGCACUAAGAUCGUUGAUGACGAAUCGCACGCCAUCGAUGUAAUAUUUAUGACUUUAAUAAGAUGUAUAGCCGUGCUUUACUGCUACUAUCAGUUCAAUAAUCUCAGGCAGUUGGAUUCAAAAUAUGUUUUGGGUAUUGCUGCCAUGUUUACAGUAUUUUCAAGUUUUGUUUUUAGUACCAUAGUAAUACAUUACUUAAAUGGAGACUUAAAAGAUGCUAUGUUCCUAUUCCUAUUAGUUUUACUUGUAAACUUAAAAAAAGCCAGUUUGUUGGCACAAUUUGCACUAAGUGGCUGCUCACAGACCGAAGUAAUCAACAAUAUAUCUAAAGGCAUGUCAUUGCUAGGUCCAUCAUUUUCUUUGGACUCAAUUGUAUGUAGUCUUGUUAUCAGUGUCGGGAUGCUGUCAGGUGUCCAACGUUUAGAAACACUGUGUAUGUUUACAUGCAUGUCAUUCAUUGUGAACUAUGUGGUAAUCAUGAGUUUUUAUCCAGCUUGUUUAUCCUUGGUAUUGGAUUUACUUAGAAGAGGAGAUGAAAAUGGUAUGCCGUUUUGGGGUGACCGUUCUCAGAUAACUGCCAUUUGCAAUGAUCAUAAAACUGAUCCAAUCACCAACGCGUUUAAGGUGAUAAUGUCAGUUGGUGUAAUGAUUGUUCACGCGCAGAGUCGAUGGGCAUUGAGUGGUAUGGAAACAGAAGCAGAUAAUAUGUUAGGAAUACAAGUUACCAAGUUUGCUGUAUUUAAUGAAACGGAAGAGAAUACCCACCGUUCUGUUCAUAGCUCCAUUGUGCAUUGGAUGGCUAGUGGGGCCGAUCAUAUAGUUAUAUUGAUACUUUUACUAUCAAUGAUAGUUUGGUUUUGGUUCUUUGGAGACCGUCAUUCAGUACAUGUCCUUGAAACCCAAAAAGAUUUUAAACAUACACAUAGCCAAACUGAGUAUCGAAAAGCAUCAGUUUAUACUUCCAACAAAAUGGUUCAAACAGAAAAUGUUGAUGGUGAUAUUGUUGAUGGUGACAAAAAUGUGGAAAUCAGACCUUUUGAUGAAUGUUUAGAUAUUUAUAAGACUCAGAAAUCAGCUGAACAAUUAAAUGAUGAUGAAGUAUUAAUGUUAGUGAAAUCGAACCAUAUAAAACCGUACAUGUUGGAAAAAUGUGUCAAUGACCCAGAGAGGGGUGUUGGUCUUCGAAGAAAAAUAAUUGCAGCAGAGAGCAAUUUGACGGAAGCCUUAAUACAGUUACCUUACAUAGGUUAUGAUUAUUCCAAAGUACUAGGAACCAAUUGUGAGAACGUUAUAGGAUAUGUAGCUGUGCCUGUUGGAGUAGCUGGACCAUUACUUGUGGAUGAUGUGUUUUAUCAAGUACCCAUGGCGACCACUGAAGGCUGUUUAGUGGCCAGUACAAACAGAGGAUGUAGAGCACUGACUGUGUGCGGUGGCGUUAUAACUAGAGUUGUGGAUGAUGGUAUGACUAGAGGACCCGUUGUCCGAUUUUCUUCAGUUACUACUGCUAGUGAAGCAAAAAUGUGGAUGGACAAUCCAGAAAAGUUCAAAAUAAUUAAGUCGGCAUUUGAUUCAACUAGCAGAUUUGCAAGACUCACAAAAUUACUUGUGCGUAUUGCUGGUCGACAUUUGUUUAUUCGGUUUACAGCUUCUACGGGUGAUGCAAUGGGCAUGAAUAUGUUAUCCAAAGGAACAGAAAAAUCACUCAAAGUCAUCGGAGGAUACUUCCCCGACAUGGAAAUUUUAAGUCUGAGUGGUAAUUUUUGUUCAGACAAAAAGCCAGCCGCAGUCAAUUGGAUUGAAGGCCGUGGAAAAUAUGUUGUUAGUGAAGCAAUUGUACCUUCAAAAAUUGUCACCGAGGUACUGAAAACUACUGUAGCAGCAUUGGUUGAUGUUAACAUAAGCAAAAACUUGAUGGGAUCAGCAAUUGCUGGUAGUAUUGGAGGAAAUAAUGCACAUGCAGCCAAUGUUGUUACAGCUGUAUACAUUGCUACAGGACAAGAUCCAGCGCAAAACGUGGCGAGCAGCAAUUGCAUGACACUGAUGGAAGCAUUUGGUGAAGACCUGUAUGUAUCAUGUACAAUGCCUUCGGUUGAGAUUGGUACAGUAGGUGGAGGAACUUCAUUACCUGGUCAAUCUGCGUGUUUGGAAAUGCUUGGUGUACGAGGUGCAAACUCUGAAACACCAGGGGCCAACGCCAAACGAUUAGCACGUAUACUGUGUGCAACAGUUUUAGCAGGCGAACUGUCGCUGAUGUCGGCCUUGACUGCUGGUCAUUUAGUAAAAAGUCACAUGAUUCACAAUCGGUCCGCUCCUUCCAUUCAGAAUUUAGAAUCAGAACCAUGCGAAUCAACCAGACAAAUUACACACUGUGUCUCUUGA